CUUUUUGUAUGUUAUCGACUUCCUAGUCCAACUAUCGUUAAUUUUGCGUAGUGACUAGUUGAGUUGAAGUUGACCGCGAUCGCCUCGUCCUGCAUAUUUUUGACGAGCGUAAUGUUGUUACUAAAAAUUCUGUUGUAAAAAUAUGUACCCUGUGAAAUGUAAUGUGAUUUUCUUAUGUCUUCUAUGUUCCAUGAAAAACACUGUUCGUUCCAAGGUUCCAAUCCAAUACAAUACAUGGGUUAGGUCUAUGGACCAUAUUGUUUGAAACUCAUCUGUAAAAUAUCUUACUACGAUUACGGUAUUACAUCAAGACAAGGUGUACUUACAAUGGUUUUGUUGAAAGAAUACAGGAUAUGCAUGCCCCUUUCGGUGGAAGAGUACCAAAUUGGUCAGCUGUAUAUGAUUGCUCGCCACAGUCAUGAACAAUCAGAGUCAGGCGAAGGUGUUGAGGUAGUUGUCAAUGUACCUUGUGAACAUCCGGAACAUGGUAAAGGACAGUACACUGAGAAGCGAAUUCACUUAUCCAGCAAACUGCCUUACUGGAUCCAGUCUUUCAUUCCUCGUGUGUUUUACGUGACAGAAAAAGCUUGGAAUUACUACCCUUAUACCAUAACAGAAUACACGUGUUCAUUCUUACCAAAGUUUAGUAUCAACAUCCAGACCAAAUUUGAGAACAACAAUGGAACAAACGACAAUUGCUUGAAUCUAACUCAAGAGCAGUCCCAACAACGAAUGGUGGAUUUCAUUGAUAUUUGUUACGAUGAAGUAAGCCCAAAACAUUACAAAGAAGAAGAGGAUCUGAAAUUCUUCCAAUCAAAGAAGACCAAGAGAGGACCUCUAGUUGAGGGGUGGAGGGAAAACACCAAACCCAUCAUGUGCUCAUACAAGGUGGUCCAGGCUAACUUUGAGGUCUGGGGUCUACAGACCAAGGCUGAGGAGCUGAUACAGAGGUCAAUCCGAGAAAUCCUUUUGCUUGGUCAUCGUCAAGCGUUUGCGUGGGUUGACGAGUGGUAUGACAUGACGUUGGCUGAUGUAAGGAUUUACGAGAGUGAGAUGCACCGUCAGACCAAUGUCAAAGUUACCGAGGACCUCCCUAGUGUUCCUACGACUCCAAAGACUCCUCCAAAGUCACCAAAGUCUCCCACCCAGACCACAUCAUCUUGGCUGUCAUGGUCAUAAAUUUUAAAUUUGCUUAGUUUUACUACAUUUUAAAUUGAAAUAGUUUAAAAUUGAUUAAAUGCAUGUAAAAAACAGCAAGAAAUUUUGAUUUUGGUUAAAAAUGUAGGUAAGUUAAAAAUGGUUAAAAGGUUAAAAAUGGUUAAGUAGUGAUAAGUUAAUAAUAAUAUUGAAUGUAAUGCUAAGUUUUAGUUGGCUAUUGUUUGUGUGCGUUUGCAAUUAAAUCACUAUAUUUAUUUGAAAUGGAACAGUUGACAUCCAAUUUUAAGUAAAAGGUCCUGUGUAUUAAGUAUUAGAAGAUAAUAUUUAUACUAAAGGUGGUAUAGCUCAAUAUUUUAUUGUUAUCAAACAAAUUUCAUUUUUUACAAUGUUCAUAUACAGUAUAACAAAUACUUGUAACAACUUUUAAGCAAUCUUCAUAUUUUUAUUCUAGGCUACUCACUUAAAUAUUAACUGUUAAAUAUGUAUUUUCUGUUUUGUAAAAACAAUAACUUUGAGUGAGUAGCUUAUUUUUGUACACUGAAGUAAGUACAAAUAAGAGUAUUAUUUUAUUUUUAAGAAUUAAUUUCUUUUGUGAAUUUCCCAUAUAGGGAAUAAACUAUUAUUAACAUAUUUUAUUAGCAUUUGCUUAAGCUACUAAUUCCAAUAAUAUGGUUAUCGUUUGAUCGGCAUUGCUGGAGUACCUGUUUUAAGGGGUUCUUUGUAAGCCGGGAUGUUGAAAUCUAUUUUUUAGAAUAACAAUUUAGUCUACAAGCUUCAAAAUUUUAGAGGUUGGAGGUGAAAUUAGACCCAGAAGUGUAUUAUAGGCCAUUUGAAAAAUGAUCCAGGCUAAAGAGGCAACUGAUCUUAGUCAGUAACAGCUAUCAUAUCAUUCAUUCAUCACUCAUCUCUGCUUAAACACCCUAGUGUAUCAGAGUCUUAUAAAUCUAAUAUAAUGUACAUUUAGCUAGGUUAGAUAACCCAGCUACUUCUACAUUAGCGUCACAAAUCUCAAUCACAAUGUCCCACAAACAACUUUAGUUUUGGGUCCCGCUGAUCUCAAACAAAAAUUUUUUAGUACUUUCUCCAUAUUCUAUGGUAUAGUGGGAAAAGUACAAAUUUAAAUUUUGUCAACACUAAUUUCAAAUUUUAUCAAUACUUGUUAGAGAUAGGACAAAAGUUAUGAGCACUAAAAUUAUGUAUUUUUGUGUCUUCUUCAACUUUCGUCCUAACAAUAUUUCUGUAUUUCACAUGAAUAUUUAGCAUAGUGACCGUUUUCAACGGUUAGUGAAACAUGGUCUAAAGGGUUAAAAUAGGUCGCCAUUUUCCAAAAUUGUGGCUGUAUCACAGCAUGAAUGUUAAUUUUUGAUAUGUUGUUACUGGGUGCUAGGCCUACACAUAUGCAACGUUUUCCCAUUUGGGGAAUUAAUUCCACCUAAUACCCUAAUAUAACUGGGCUACAGGUUACAUUGAAAGUUAGUAUUACAAAUACUUGGAGGUACAAAAAUACCUCAAAACACUUGUAAUAAUAUAUUUACUACACUUAAUACCGUUUUCUCACAUUCAGUGGUGAUCUUACCAUCUUUUAUAAUAUGUAUUUACAAUUUUGUGAGUAAACAGUAUAAGUGUAAAUAUAUUAUUACAAGUUUUAUUUGAUGUAUUUUUGUACUUUCAAGUAAUUAAAUAACACAUACCAACUAUGCUGAUCAAGAAGUUAUUUAUUACAAAUACCAACAUAAAAUGGGUACUCCAGCGAAUAUGCAUGAUGACUUUUGGAUACUGAAGAAGGCAAACAUCCCAUCAUUUAGUUUUUUUUUUCCAAAAACAGUUAUAAGUGACUAAGCUACUCACCGAGUGUGCUAAUAUGUUUUCUCCCUUAUCUUUUAUUGAGAUAGAUGGGGAGACACGAUGUUUACCUAUAAGGUUGGCAUUUUCAACAGACAUCUAUAAUUGACAUCAACAUACACUAUCAGUGGUUCAAUUUAGCUAUACUAAUUUUAUCCUAUAACUGACUUCAAAAUUAACUUAGAUGAAAUAUAAUUUUCCUCACUGAACAAAAAUAUUUAACUUGGGAAUUAGUUUUGCAACAUGUAGUAUAGUAAUGGUUGAGUAUGGUUGGUCCAUCUCGUGUAUUUUAUAAACUAUUCAAAAACUAUUUAUUCACCAACCUUUGUUGAUAAAUUUGCUCGCAUUUCCCUACAAAUCAUAUGAACUGUUAUUUAUUUAUUGUUUGGUUAACAUUUUAGUUACAUCACAGUAAUCGGGGUAAAUAUGGUUCGUUAAUAUUAUUUUAAAUUAAUUUAUUUUAUAAUGUAAGUUUUAAAACAAUUAUUGAUGUUGUAAAACAGGGUAUUUAAACAGAUUUGUGUUAAGGAACUUAUGAUUUUUUAAUUUAACUAAAAGUAUAUUUUUGAUUUGCUUAAGAAUUCUUUCACCUGUAUGCCGUAGUACCAUUGAUUCAUUUGUAAGUUCGACGAUGCCAUCUCAUAAUUUUUUUGCAUAGUUUUAAACAAUUGUGAUUUAUUGAUAGUUUUCAGUCAAAUAAUUUAAACUUAAAUCUGUAUAUUUACAGGAGCCAAAAAGUCCCCUUACACAAUGUUGCAGUACGUAGUUCACUACUGUUAUAAACACCACUGAUCAGCAAAUAGUCAUAAGUGCGAGUAGUAACGGUGGAGAGAAUGAAGCCACCCUCCCUUCCCUGACCACCGCCUCGGCCAUAGAAUACCAAUUUAAUUGAUCUUUAGUGUAAUGGGACUUUUCGGCCACCCUGUAAAUAGUGUGAUUAAUUUUACUGUAAAACACUAAAUGUCUACAAAAAAAUUAUAAAAUGCUAUAACCUAUUUGAUCUCCCCCUGUAAAAUAAAGUAGGCACUCUUUUACCCAACAUUCAAUGAACCGGCUCUUUCACACCUUGACUGGUGCCUUACUCGACUUCUCUUCUCUUAAUCUUAUUUUUGUUACUUUACAGUGUUAAAUUUUAUUUUUUUUACUUGCUUUCAGUGAUAUUGUCAAAAAAAGUUAGAUUAUACAAAUGAAUCACACAAAAUUGCCACAGCACUAAUUGUGGUAUCUACUGAAUAUAUCUUAAAAUGCUUCUUGGUCUAUAAGAUCAAACAAUCUAGUCUACAUGGGUUAAACUGUUUAAAUAGAUAUGGUAUUAGUCAUUAAUAAUAGAGCUACACAAGUCAUCCCACUCCAUUAUUUACACACCAUAUUACGCUUAAAAUACACUCAAAGUGUGUUGCUAUUGUUGUUAAGUGAAUUUAUGUGUUUCAAAUAUCUACAUGGAUUAGGUUCUUGAAAAAGAACUUCGAUAAUCAAUAAUAUGUAUGACAUUUUUAGUCAGCCAUCAUUAAAAAUAACAUAAAUAAUUUAUAUGUAAGAUUUCGGUGUAUUCAACAUAAACUAUAAAUUAAUUAAAUAGAAUACAAUAAGUUCAGAAAAAAAACUCCCUUCACAGAGUUUAAUUAAAGGCCCUGAGCCAUUGACCUCACAUGUAUUAGCCUACUUCUUGUUAUCCGACCCUGAAAAGAAUCCCUUGGCAAGCUCUACAUUUGAACCAUACACUUGCCUACAAGGUAUAAACACCCCCCCCCUCCAAAAACACUAAUAAAAUAAAAUGUGUUUCCUAACAAGGGAAAAUACACAGUAGGGGAGGGUGGGCCACAAUGGAACAAAAAUUACAAAACAAUUUUUGGUUUUUCACCUGUUUGGUUAACAGCUUCAGAAGAUAAAUGUACUUAAAGAACAACCUUUCCUGCAUACAUUACAUAUAUUUUUAAAUUGAUAAUCAAAUAGUAACUGAUUUUUAUGGACUGUUUUAAAAAACCUUACUCGGUGUUCCACUGUGGCCCAAUAUAGGGCCACAGUGGAACAAUGAAUUAAAAUGCAAAAAUACAGUAAAAUAAAUGUUGUUUAUUCACCACAAAUAUUACACAUGCAAGAACUAACAUUUUCAAAUGCUUUUACUCGUAAUUAGUUCCCAGUGCGCAAGUCAAAAUUCACUUUCUUCCUCUUAACAUAUUGAUGUCUAAAAAAACAGCUAGUCAAGACUUUGCCUAUUGAUAAAUUUCCAAAAAAGGAUAUUUUAAUGGAAAACCCCUAUAGUUGGGUCUCGAACUAAUAAAUUAAUACCAUAUAAUAGAUAAUAUUUUUUGUUACAAUAAAAUACAUGCUAUUGGGUGACAGUGGAACAGUUCCAUUGUGGCCCGGCAUCAACUGUUUCAUUGUGGCCCAUGUCUCUUUGAUAAGAAAAACUAACCCUAAUUCCACUUCAGAACUUUGUACAAAUAUGCUAACCAGUCUAAAAGUUUUAGAAAGUGUUGUUCUUUAAACUGGUAUGUGACACUUAUCUCAAAUAACUUCAAAUACAAGUUAAAGUUGUGAAGAAACAACCUGGAAAAGUUACUUCAAGAUGUCAAAAACAAAAUAUGAAUAAUAUCUCUUCCUUACAUGGAGGCAGCCAUUUGCACCAAUGAACUAAGGGUGAACAAACAGUUUUGGAGUUCACUCACAGAGUGCAGCAGUUGGCAGACUAGACAAAUAAAAAAAAAUAUAGUUGUUCCACUGUGGCCCACCCUCCCCUACCGUAGACUUAUUAAACAAAUUUCAAUCUACGGGUGAGGCAGACCCUGUACACAUACUUUUACAGGACACGUUUUCACCUAGAAACGUGAAAUAAAAUUAUUCCCCCCUAAAUCACAUUUAAAAAAUCCAUUUAAAAUCAAGUACUUAGAACAUGGUCCAAGCACAGGGUGUUCCAGAAACGAAGGUCAGUUCUAUUUUCACCGAAAUGUUGUUCCAAGCAAGACCUUUCUAAAAAAGAACAAUGGGAUAUUGGUUGACAUAAGGAAAUUUUGAGAUUUGAACACGUGACCUUUAUUUCUGGAUAACCCUGUGCUUGGAUCUUGUUCUAAGUAUUUUAAUUGGAUUCUUCGUAUGUGAUUUAGGGAGGAAUAAUUUUAUUUUAUGUUUCUUGCUGAAAACUUGAAGUUCAUGUUAAGUAACCAUAGAAUGAUGUUCAUUUUAUUAUUGUUACCUGUACAGAGGUAGUACUCAAAUGUACCCUUGUUGUUGAAUGUUAAAGAGUAGAAUAAUGUUGAUUGUUUUGUUACCUGUUUUUUAAUGACCAUUUACAAGUUUGCUUUGAAUAAUUUUCAUAAAUAAACUGAUCAAUGUGAAAA